CCGUUUAGGAAUUAGCCCAAUUCCAUUUAGUUUAAUGAAACUUCAUCGUUCAAAAUAUGUCUCUCUCUACAAUAAAUCUAUCACCGGAGCUCCGCCGUGCCUAAAUUCCCGAGCCGCCGCUAGUUAAAGUCCUUUUUUUACGAAGAACGGUGUCUGCGCCGCCCGAAGGUACAUGUCUUCGAAAAUAGAAGGAUUUAAUUGCAAUUUUCAGAGACUGAAUAGGCAGAUUUGCGUAUUCUUUGUAGUUACCAGUGUUUGAAGUAUAUAAUUUUUGGUCCAGAGUGGAGAUGGAGCCUGAAGUGGUGGAUGCAGAAAUGGUGUUGCCAACUCACAUGUGGUUUAAGAAGAUUCAGACUUACGAUAAGUAUCCGAAAGGGCAAGCCAGAGUCAGGUGGAAACAGCUCAAGCAGAUUAUUCCCGCUGAGAACUACCAGAAUUAUCCUCCCGAGGUGUCUAAUUAUUUUAACAUUGAAACACCACCAUCUAUGCAUCCAUGUAGAAGAAUUUGUGAUAUAACUGGAUAUGAGGCACCUUACGUUGAUCCAAGAACCAAGCUUCGGUAUGCCAAUGCUCAAGUUUUCAAGGUGAUUAGGUCUCUCCCAAACCACUACGUCCAACGCUACUUAGCUCUCAGAAAUGCUGCAGUUGUCCUGAGGUAGCUGUGGAGAUCUCCAGGAACUUGUGCUUGCAUGUAUUCAAUUAUGUUGGUGUUUGCAUACAUACAAAUCAGACAAGUCUUAUAUUUCUCAGACUUUGUUAGAAUUGAGGAAUGCUUGUUUGAAAAAAAUGAUCCUUCAUUGGGGAGUCUAUAAUGUUACCCUUUUCGUGCAUCAUUAUAUAUGUUGGAGUCAUUCGGUUCUCACUAUUGCUUAUUACCAGAGGUUAUGUUUAUUCUUAUCUUUCA